AUGAAGAUGCAUGCUUUGAUGGACUCAACAACUGCAGUGUUGCUGAUCUUUCUUUCAGUUUCAGUGUAUUCUCAUGGCACUGUUAUCGUAUCCAAGGAUGGGAAUGGAGAUUACACAACUGUGAGUGAGGCUAUUACGAAAGCUCCGGAUUUGAGUGACAAACCUUACACCAUUCACGUUCGAGCAGGUACUUAUGAAGAGUACAUCGUCAUUCCUGCUGAGAAGACUAAUAUCAAGCUCGUUGGAGAUGGUCCUCACCACACGAAAAUAGUUAGCUACCAAAAUGGUUCCACCAUAGAUAUUUAUGGAGACGAGUUCGUGGCCCAAAACAUGGGAUUUGUGAACUACGCAGGGCUAAACGCAAGUGCUGCAGUGACAGUUCGCAACGAGGCAAACAAUAGCGUAUUCUACGAAUGCUCCAUCGAAGGAUUCCAAGACACAUUAUGGGCGGUUUCGGGGCGACAGUUCUACAAGAAGUGCGACAUUUAUGGGACGGUGGACUUCAUAUACGGCGACGCAGCGGCAGUGUUUCAAGACUGCAUGGUAUACGCACGUUAUAGAGAGCACGUGACGUUCACAGCUCAGUCACGAGAGGAUGGUAAUGAGAAAACAGGGUUCACAUUCCAAAGAUGCAAAUUCACAAUGUCCCCAGAGGCAGAGGACUCUGAUAGAAAGUUGGAGGUGCAUGCCACGUUGGGGCGUCCGUGGAGGGCCUACUCGACAGUGGCCAUCAUACAGUGUUAUAUCGACUCGAUUGUGGAUCCUAAAGGUUGGGAGGAGAUGCCGGGCCAGCCCACGGAUAAGGUUACGUACGUGGAGUUUGAGAAUGUUGGGCCUGGUUCUAACACUGAUGAAAGAGUUAAGUGGCCCGGUGUUAGAGUCCUUCUCGACCCAAUGGAUGUUGCACCUUUCACUGCUUCCUAUCUAUUGGAUGCUGACUCUUGGAUUCCUUCCAAAGGUGUUCCCUAUGAUAAUGGACUCUAG